ACUUGUACUUGUCAGUUCACAAAGCUGUCAUUUCUGGUAGUUAUGUAUAAGCAGCAGAGGUGAGGAAUUCUGUAUUAUAUAUGAAGUGGUUUCCUUUUUAGAAGAUGCUUCAGAGCUCAAAACAUUUCACAGAAGUGGUAUGACAGAGAUGUAGCCAUGCUCCUGAAGGACACUGUGGAGACCUGAGGAGGAAAUAUUCACCCCCAGCUGGUGUCGGGUCUCAGCGGUUUUACCAAUGGCUUACCUGACCCAGUCAGUUCAACUGCAGUUUGCUGGUCUGGUACUUGGGUUUGUAGGAUGGACAAUUGCAGCCUCCAUUUCUGGGGUGAAUGACUGGAGGAUAUGGUAUGUAGACAAUCAGACGGUCGUCACCGGAGGAUUGGCCUGGGUUGGUGUGUGGCGGGUGUGUUUCAACAGCCACGUUUUGGACUCGACUGAGAUCUGCAAAAGCAUCAGCUUUACCGAUUCAUUCACUCCACCAGAAAUAGCAGCCGCCCAGGUACUUUGCAUGGUUACUAUUGGCGUGGGGUUGGUCGCAAACUUGUUGGCAGGACAUGCGGUGAGAAAUGCCACUUUUGGAGUUGACAAGGGCCAUCUCAGAUUGACCUUUGUGAUCGCGGGUUCCUUGUACUGGCUGACUGCAGUGUGUUCGCUGGUCCCUGUGUUUUGGAAUAUGUAUUCUGUGCUGGCGAAUCUCACUAUAGACUUCCCGCCUGACUUCUACUUGCCUUCUGCUCCAGUAAAACAGGAAGUUGGUCCAGGGAUUGGGAUUGGGAUCGGUUCAGGUUGCCUGCUCAUUGUGAGUGGACUACUCGUAAUGUGCUACAGGUAUCCCAUAACCAGGAUGCCUAAGAAUGAACAUUCUGACAAAAAUCCAAGGGAUGAAGGCUUUCUUGGUGUAAUUAAAGAGAGUAUGGAUGAGGGGGUGAUCAACCCAGCCUAUGAAUCAGAGAAGCUUUAAUAAUAAAGCUCUUCUAUCACUCUAUGGAAGGACAUUGAAGGCUCUUAUAUAUCUGAAGACCAUAAAUCUAAAUUAAUUUAAAUACGGUUAUUUAAGUGAAUGUAAUGUAAUUAUAUGAUCAUUAAAGUGACUGAGAGAUAAACAGAAAUAAAUGCAAGCACUUUGAAGCCAUUUUAUUGGUAUGAAAUUGUCUAUAAGAGAUUAUAUAACACUGGACUUUUAAAGUUGUCUAAUUAUUGUUACAUUAUGUGCAGGACAUGCAAUGCUAUAAGAGUAUGCUCAACUAAAUGUCUGUAAUGUAUGUGUGUAUAUAUAUAUAUAUACCAUUUACCACCAUUUUAAAGCUUGGGGUCAGUACGGUUUUUAAAUGCUUUUGAAAGAAGUCUCGCUUUUAAGUGAUAAAAACUCACAUGAUUUUUAAAAGAGUUAAUAUUUUUGUGGAAACUUAUUACUUUUUAAAGAUCCUUUAAUAAACAGAACAAAAUUUAUUGUAUUUUUUUGUGUGUGUAACAAGGUAGAAGUUUUUACUGUCACUUGCAAAAAAUAUGAUAAAAACAGUUAAAAACAAAUUAAAACAGUUUUCUAAUAUAUAUAUACAUAUGUAUACAUUCCUUAGGAUCCUUUAAUAAAUAAAUAAAACAGCAUUUAUUUGAAAUCUAAUUUUUGUGUAAUAGUGUAGAAGUCUUUACUGUCACUUGCGAAAAAUAUGCGAUAAACUAAUAAAAAAAGUUUUCAAAUGAUAUAUAUAUUUAUUUAGUUUUAGGAUCCUUUACUAAAUAAAAAAACAUUUAUUUGAAAUGUAAUUUUAAGUAACAAAGUCUUUACUGUCACUUGCGAUAUGUCACUGUCACUUACAGAAAAUAUAAAAACAGCAGUAAACGGUAAUAAAAACAAAUAAAAUUUAAUAUUAGUGCUGCAAAUGAUUAAUCGUGAUUAAUCGCAUCCAAAAUUAAUAAAAAUAUG